AAAAACUGAUGAAGUAACGGAAACUUAAAACCACCAUGUCAUAAACGUAAUAACAAUUUUAAUUUUAUGAACAAGAUUUACGUCAUUUUCACGUUUUGUGGUAUUAAAUGAGAUAAGCCUAUAAAUAUUUAAUAUUAUUCAGAAACCAUGUGUAUCCGCCUGUUUAUACUCAAGUAACGUUUUUAAAGAAAAUAUGUUUAUGGUAAUUUUAUUCGUAAAAUGGGCAUCGAUCUUCAAUUUUUGCGGCUUUGGAGUGUACGAUAAAAUCAUGACGUGCGACAUGGAGAAGGUUCUACGCACUGUACAAAGGACUUUAAUUAAAUACCAUAAGAGUUCAAAAUGCUCUGUCAUGUAUGUGAGGCAGAAUAGUGUUUGGACUAAUGAUGGAAUAAUUAAAUCACCUUUUAAGGCUAUACAGGUACCUAAUUGUACCUUGUAUGAGUACGUGUGGCAGAAUUUGGAAAGAUGGCCCGAAAGGACAUUGUCUGUAUGUGCCAUCACAGGCCGAGGAUACACCUACGAACAAGCAUUCAAACUGUCCAACGCCUUUGCUGCAAAUAUAAGAAAAAAGUUGAAAAUCAGAGAUGGAGAUACCGUUGCGAUUAUGUUACCUAACGUGCCAGACUACCCCCUUGUAUCUCUGGGCAUAUUACAGGCUGGAGGUGUUAUCACUACCAUAAAUCCGAUUUAUACUGCAAAUGAAGUCCACCGUUUGCUCCAAAUGUCCGAAACUAAAGCCAUAGUAACAUUACCAGAAUUAGUAGGAGUAAUAAAAAAUGCAUUUGCCCUGGCCAAAAUAGAAAUACCACUUAUUGUUGUAAAGACGAAUGGAGAAUCCAUUCCAGAAGGUACUAUAGCAUUUAAUGACCUCAGCGAAGAUGUUCAUGUAGAUACAUCUUGUUUGAAAGAAGUAAGAAGGUCACCUAAUGAUAUUUGCUUUCUGCCAUAUUCAAGUGGUACAACUGGAUUACCGAAAGGCGUUGAAUUGACCAGUAAGAACAUAACAGCAAAUUGCGAACAAAUUAACGAGCCGAAAAUUCAAUUAUACAAUGAAACUACAGCUACACACCAAGACUCAGUAAUGUCAGUGCUGCCAUUCUUCCACAUUUACGCAGCCACAGUGUUGAUGUUUCACAAAAUGUCGCAUGGUAUCAAAUUGGUGACGUUGCCCAAAAUGAACCCAGACCAUUUUAUGAACGCCUUGGAGAAAUAUAAAACUAAUUUGGUGUUUGUUGCACCACCUCUAGUACUGCUCAUGGCAUCUCACCCUGCAGCCUCACCAAAAACAUAUCGUCACUUACAAAUGGUGAUAAACGGCGCGGCUCCAAUGGCGCCGUCUGAUGCUGAACGGUUUUUGAGUAAAGUUCAGCGUAAAAUCCGAUUCAACCAAGGCUAUGGUUUAACAGAAACGUCUCCUGUAGUGUGUGUAGCGCCUAUAGACUCGGAGGACUAUAGCGCUGUUGGUCCUCCCGUGCCUAGUACUCAAGUGAAGAUAGUUGGUACUGAUGGGAAGCCUUUGGGACCUGGUCAGACUGGUGAACUUCUAGUAAAAGGUCCACAAGUAAUGAAAGGAUAUAGGAACAAUCCUAAAGCCAAUUCAGAAGCGUUUGCUGACGGUUGGUUCCUAACUGGAGAUAUGGCGGUCGCUGAUGAAAAUGGAGUUGUUAAAAUUGUUGAUCGGAUUAAAGAACUUAUAAAGGUAAAAGGCUUCCAAGUACCACCGGCGGAAUUAGAAGCACUUUUAAGAGGCCAUCCUUCUGUCAAGGAUGCUGCAGUAAUCGGAGUUCCACAUCCAACUAAAGGAGAGACUCCCAAAGCAUUUGUAGUUAUUAAAGAUAACGCUAAUAAUGAUGUUAAAGAUAUUUGUAAUUUUGUUAACGAAAAAGUCGCGGCAUUUAAACAUAUAGAUGAUGUUGUAUUUGUUGAUAGUAUACCGAAAUCUGCCGCGGGGAAGAUACUUAAGAAGGAUUUGAAAGCUAAGUAUUGUUAGGUUUAAAUUUUUGGGUAAUGUUUGAGUUCUGGUUGAAUUGGGAAAAGGGUUGUCAUUAUUAUGUUGGUAAGUAAUAAGUAUAGACUAUUUUGUUCAUAAUAGACAAACAGGCUGCUAAGAGAAGUGAUCAAGUGCGUGUCUGAAAAUGUGAAUUUUAAUUAUUUGUUUUACAGCAUUGAAAUGCUUGAAAAUAUUUGAGAAAUAACUAAAGCCAAUAAAUUAUUGACUUUCGAAUCUUGCCGAUUUUUUUGUUCUUUAAAAGUAUUCAUAUUAUUUUCAAAAUUGUUGUAAACUAUUUGAUUUUGUUUUAUGGCAAUACUUUCAUUUAAAAUUUUUGUUUUACUCGUCUAGUCUCUACCCCCAAUCUUUGAUGUAGAUACCUUAUUCAGAUAAUAUUAUUUCUGAGCCAUGGGAGUAGGCUUUGUAUAAUAUAUCAAAAAAAAAAACGGCACUCCGCGGUAAAGCUAUUGCAUGCUAUGCCUUCAA